CGAGACUUGGAGCUGCGGUAGGAGGUCGGAGGCAGAAGGACGGAGUCGAUCGCUUCUCCCUAUCGUCUCCCGUCCCGCCCCGGGCCGUGUUGUGCUGUGUCCGGCCUGAGAGGAGGAUGUCGGGCUCCGGGUCGUUCCCCCUCGCGCUCUGCCUGUUGCUGGCUGCCGCCAGCCUCAUCUCGGGUCCCGCCGCAGCAGAGAACGAGCCCAAGAUCAAUGCCAGCGAGGAAGUGAGCAUUCAUCAGUCUAGUUCUCCCAUCAUCCUGCAAUGUAACCUCACCACAAGUCCCAGCCCCCUCACUUACAGCUAUUGGGUGAAGAAUGGGGAAGAAAUUUCUGGCACUAAGAAGAAUUCCAACACCACAGAGCACAAGAUUUUGAAACUCCGAGCAGACGAGUCAGGGGAAUACUUAUGUGUGUUCGUGUUUGCUAACUCACCUGUAGCCAACGCCACUAUAGAAGUGAAAGCUAGUCCUGAUAUCACUGUCCACAAGCGAAGUGAGAACAAAAAUGAAGGGCAGGAAGCGGUCAUGUAUUGCAAGUCUGUGGGCUUCCCCCAUCCCGACUGGGUGUGGCGCAAGAAGGUCAAUGGAGUAUUUGUGGAAAUCAACAACUCCUCUGGCCGAUUCUUCAUUAUAAAUAAAGACAAUUACACUGAGCUGAGUAUCACAAACCUCCAGAUAAGUGAGGAUCCCGGCGAGUAUGAGUGCAAUGCAACCAAUACAAGUGGCUCUACCUCUGCCACCACCAUCCUGCGAGUGCGCAGCCACUUGGCCCCUCUCUGGCCCUUCUUGGGGAUAUUGGCAGAGAUUAUCAUCCUUGUUGUUAUCAUAGUGGUUUAUGAGAAGAGGAAGCGGCCAGAUGAAGUCCCAGACGACGACGAACCAGCUGGGCCAAUGAAAAGCAAUUCUACAAACAAUCACAAAGAUAAAAACUUACGCCAGAGAAACACAAAUUAAAAAUAAUGCGUAUAAUAGCUUUAAGUUUCUGAGAGACUGAUGGCAAUAUAACCUGCUAAAUUAAUGGUUGGAACUCUUGGUUCUAGAACUCCAGUUCUAUUUGAUUUUUCCUUUCAAGUGAGCAACAAUAUGACUGUCUAAAAAAGCAUGCCUUAUUUAGCCUGUCCUGUAAGGGUGACGUACCCAGACACAUUUUAACAAUGCUUCAGUGUAGGUGUAAACUAUUUUGGGCUUGAUGUGCUGUGAAUGUUGCUUUUUUCCCUUAAGGUAUUUAAACUUUAGAAGUAAAGUCAAAUCAUGCAUGCACCAUUUUUUACUUUCUUAAUGUAGCUGUUAAAUUGGCAAAGCUCUAAAAUGCACUGCUGCCAUCUAGUGAUAACUUUUUGUAAAGUACAGCAAAACCUACAAAUAUAUACAGUAUAUAUUUAUAUUUUUUGGGAAGAGGAAAACCAAAAUACACUAAGUGUUUCAUUUUUAAGCUGCUGAUAUUCAUUCCUUAUAUUGUAUGUCUGAGAGAUGAGAGAAUUAUACUGUUCUGGUACUUAAAGAGGAGUAAUAUAAAUUGAAAUUAUUUUAAGGGCUUAACCUAUAUAGAAAGAUUUGGAUGUCCUGUAAUCAAAGACU